GGCAACGCCAGCACUGUAGUUGAAGCCAGCGGCGAAAACACUUAUAUAGGUAUUGUACUGAGGUAUUGUACUGAGGUUUAGAGGUGUCUGGCUAGAUAAUCGACAAAGAAAUACAGUAUUGUGAAUCGUGACCACGGGACUCAUUUCAUAAGUGAUAAUAUGUGCAUAAAAGAACCUGAAGACUUAGUAUGUACACUGUACAGUAUAUUGAGCCGAUAUGGAUUAUUUUGGAAAAUUGUGGAAGUUAGGAUUCACUUUAUAUACUAGAUAUGAAAAUGAGGAUAUGAGUAAGAAUCGGCAAAUAUUUUUACCUGUUUAUCCAUUUUUGUCCUCUUGCACCACUCUAGAUAUCAUUUCCCCCUUUAAGGUGUCUUAAAGAAGGAUAAGAGGAGAGACAAAUGAUACAACAAGGGGUUUUGGUAAAAUGCAAAUAAAAAGGGAUAAUAAGAUAUAAGAAAAAUACAGUUUAGAGAAACAGUAGAUAAUGAGACUUACCAAAAAGAUAGACGUGAGUGAGAAGGGUAACAAUAGACUGAAAAAGUGUAAUGAAUUCCUCAGGAGCAAAAGUACCAGUUCUCCAAUUGCACUGUACAACUAAAUGGAUUUUAUUAUAUAUCUAUUUUUGUAGAUUCCCUCACAGGCCAACUCUGCUAGUAGCGUCAGAGGGGAACCCAUUUAAUAAGAUGGUCAUAAAGGAAGAUCUUGAAACUACCGGGGAACCGAGGAUCAAGUUCAAAGGUCCCAUACCAAAUCUGCUUGACUACCUCGCCAAAGCCCUAAAUUUCUCUUAUAGAUAUGUGAGGCCUCCUGAUAGGUUGUGGGGCGUCAAGCUUGACAAUGGGUCCUGGAAUGGCAUGGUGGGCAUGGUGAUGAGGGAGGAAGUAAGUAUUGGUACUGGCCCUUUCAUUCUGAGUAAAUCCCGAGCUGACGUGGUGGACUUCACUGUGCCAAUACUGACGGACUACUGGAGGAUCCUGGGUGCUCGAGGGAAGCCAGAGGUGGACCCGUGGGGCUUCCUGCUGCCUCUGGCGCCGCUAGUGUGGGUGGUCAUCCUGACAGCACUCCUGGUGUUAGCAGCGGUUAUUUUUUUUAUAUCUUCGUUUUUCUUUCCCAAAACAAAAAGUCAAGAGUCUUUGUUACAGAUCUUGUUCUCUUACUGCCGUAUACUGCUACAGCAAGAUAUCUUAGUGUCUGAUGACUGGUGGUGGGAGCGGGUAGUGUUGGCGGUGUGGAUGUUGAUGACGCUGGUGUUAACACGGAGCUACGCCGGCAACCUCAUGGCCCUCCUGGCCGUGAGACACAUCUCAGAGCCUUACCACAGCCUUCGGGAGGUGCUUGAUGACCCUUCGGUUACCAUGGUGUGGUUGAAAGGCUCAUCCGUCGGACGCUACCUUACUGAAGCUGAGUCUGGCAUAUUCCGUGAAGUUGGCGAUCGGGAAAAGGAAGGUCGCCUAUUAUGGAGAACACAGGCCCAGUUCCCCAAUGACAUCGACACCUGGGUGAGGAGAGGCACCCAUGUCCUCAUGGAGGUACAUUAUGGCUUGAAGAUGUCUUUGGGUAAAGACUACACGAAAACAGGAGAAUGCUCAUUCUACGAGUCAAAAGAGGAAUUCCUGCCCUUAAUAUUUGCCAUGGUUGGCCCAAAGAACAGUCCACUUGUACCAGCUAUAAGUAAGAGGAUUACGUCGAUGACGGAAGCUGGGUUAUUUUUCCAGUGGCUUAAAACAGAGGAGCCAAACUCCACCGUGUGUUACCGAACACCUACCAAGGUCACUGUCAAGACUUCUCUCUCUCUUACUAACAUAUGGGGAAUGUACGUGAUCCUCGCUGCUGGACACCUUGUCAGUCUGUCUGUACUGUGUCUUGAGCUUCUGAGCCUUCAUCUUAAACAUACUGGGAUUAAAUAACGUAGAGAAUAUAAAAAAUAAUAAUAUGCUAUAUUCCUAUUUAUAUCUCACACAUGAGUUAUUUUUUCCAUAAAACUUCGGAAUUUAAAUGUUGCCAUACAAGUCUUGAUGAAACAGCACGUUUAACUACUGCAGAGUUCAAUGCAUUAUUUUCAAACCGUUUCUCAGUCAUCUUAAUGUCAGUCACUAAGACGCAGUGUAUCAUGUCUUUAAAAAAAAUAAUUAAUUUAGAUCCCAUUGAGUAAGAACGCCUUCAGACACCCUCUUACCACAUCUGAGUUAUUUAUUCCUUUUUAAUUCACAAACAUUAUAUUCUUUACCUUUAUAUUUUCUGAUAUUUUGGUCUGCAGGUAAUUAAAAUAAUUUAUCUGUAUAACUAAACACUACAGAGACUACUACAGUUUUUGCUGAGAUAUUGUGUAAUUUUUCCUGACUUUAAUGCUACUGUAUGCAAUAAAUGUAGAGACAAG